AUGCGCAGGAAACCUGCACAGUGGACGACUCCCACGGCCUAUCCGAUCCACUUCCCCAUCUUUUACGGGGUUAGGCCCAUAGGCGCAGUCGCCGAGGCGUCCCUCGACGGCAACGCCUACCUGCGUGCGAACUUCCCCAAGCUGACGUACAUCCAGCAGGCGAGAUGUCUAGACUGGCCCCAAGCUCCUGUCCAAGGCGUCGCCGGCGGCCCCACGGCUGCUGAUCGUGUCCAGGAGAGACCCGGACCAGUUGAGCAAGCUGCACCGGGACCUGCAUACGGCGCAUGUGGACCGGCCAUUGGCAUGCCUUUUGAGGACAAUCCCGGAAGCGCAAUGGCCGGUGGAGCAUCUCUACCGAUGGGCCGAGGUCCUGCUGCAGGCGCGACCGGCCCGGCUGUCAUGAACGGACAGCCUCGGAUGCAGCAGCCCAACUCCGGCACCAGCGCCGUCACCAUCAGCACCCUCCCUGGUCAGACGCUGCCGCCUUCGGGAUGCACCGCUGCUGCAAGACCAGCGACAAUGCAGCCAGCGCCGAUGUUGGGACAUGUUCCCAUUGCGGCAUACAACCCUAUGGUUCAGCAGUCCUUCGAGCAGCAAGCCCACCAACAAGUUCAGAUGCUACUGACAAAGGCAGCGGCGAUGAAGCCCGAGGCCGCCCCGGUGACCACCUGUAGCUCGGUCCAGCUCGUGCCAACUGCGACGGGACGCAGUGGCUCCUACGUCCCACCGCCAGUCUUUACGACUUCGGGCUCCUACGUCCCACCACCGGUCUUCUCGGCUUCGGGUUCCUACGUCCCGCCGCCGGCCAUGGCCUCCACGACAGGCUCUUGGGUUCCGCCCCCUCGACCGCUGGCGCCCCUCACGGCACCUAUGAGCCCGCUGCUGCCGGGUAUGGGUCCGCCGCUGGGGCAGCCGCUCGGGCAGACAAUGGCCCAGACUACAGGCGCCCCUCUGCCUGGAGGCAGCACCGUUCCGCCGAUGUCGCUUGGGCACUGCGGUGCGCCAGGCAGUGCUACCGUUCCGGCGAUGUCACUUGGACAGUGCGGUGGGCAAGGCAGUGCCAUUCCCAUUCCGCCGAUGUCACUUGGACAGUGCGGUGGGCAAGGCCCUGGUCAUCCUUCACCCUUCGCGACGCCUUUUCCAGGAGGCGCACAUCCAGGCUCCCUGCAGACAGGGGCUGCUCCAACGAGCAUCCUGCAGCAAGGGUUGGGAGGUCCCGGAUAUGGUGGAAGUCUACAGGCGACCUCGGUUUCGAGCCUGUGUGGGGGCUGCGGAAUGCCGCCUGUGCCCGGCCUGGAGGGCAACCCGUGGAACUUCCGAGGCCUGCAAGUGCCACAGUUGCCCAUGCCGACGCUACAAGCUCCCGUAAUGCCGGGCCCCGGCUUGGGUCUGCCGGUGCGACCCGAUGCUACGCAGCGGAUAGACAUGCCACCGCCCGGUGCUUUCCCUGCACCCUUCGGCUCCCCGGGUUUGGCUGCUGGAGGACUGCCUUCGCCAGCGCGGCCGUGA